GGUCCGGAUCUCCCGCCGGGAGCAGUACAUCCACCUUCCCGUUGCAAGCGGGACUGCGUCCAGAGCAGAGGAAAGCGCGAACACUGCUUCGAAACGUGGUCGAACGAUGUUUCUCGGUCAUUCACGAGCUCUUGAUUCGAUUCGGGCGACGUUGUCUUUCGAAUCGAACGAUGUUUCUUGACUGCUGACGUCCGGAUUGAGGCGAACCAGCUUCUGGGUCGAGAAGAUAUUGGUCUCUUGGUUCGUCUCCUUAACGUUUCAUGAAGCUCUUCUUGAAGCGCCAUUGCAGCUCUCUGCCCUCUCUCGCCGCCCUCGACAUACCCAGGAGUUUCUCGUCCGACAACGCUGCCGAAAUCGUCCGCCUCUGCAGAGCGAGGGCGCUUGCCGACGCCGUCCGGCUCCUGAACUCCACGGAUCCUUCCGGCGUAAGCAACAAGCCCGGCCUCUACGGUUCCCUCCUGCAGACGUGCGCCGCGGCCGGCUCGCUCGACCCGGGCCUCCAAGUCCAUGCUCGCGUGAUCAAGUCCGGCCUCGACGCCGAUGGGUUCGUCGGGAACAGCUUGAUUACUCUGUAUUUCAAGUCGAGUUCCGACAUUUCGGAGACCCGGAGAGUUUUCGACGGCUUGUUCGCUAAGGACGUGAUUUCUUGGACGUCGAUGAUAUCGUGGUACGCGAAGGUGGGGCAAUGCGAGGACUCGCUGGAGCUGUUCUGGGAAAUGCCGGGGAGUGGGAUUGAGCCGAAUUGUUUUACUUUAUCCGCGGUCAUCAAGGCGUGCUCGGAGCUUGGUAGAGUGAGGUUAGGUUGGUGCUUUCAUGGGGUCGUUUUUAGGUAUGGGUUCGGCUCGAAUCGCGUUAUUACUAGUGCUCUGAUAGACAUGUAUGGAAGGAACUGUUGUUUGAAUGAAGCACGCAGGGUGUUUGAUGAGUUGCUUGAACCAGAUGCUAUUUGCUGGACUUCCGUUAUCUCGGCGUAUACGAGGAAUGAUUUGUAUGAGGAAGCAUUGGAGUGCUUCUAUUACAUGCAAAGGAACCAUUUGAAGCCAGACAAUUUCACAUUUGGAAGUGUAUUGACUGCUUGUGGCAAUUUAGGGUGGUUGAAACAGGGCAAACAAGUACACUCCAAAGUGAUCACCUUUGGUCUUUGUGGACAUGUUGUCGUCGAGAGCAGCCUCGUGGACAUGUAUGGAAAGUGUGGGUUGCUUGAUGAAGCUCAACGUGCUUUCGAUAGGAUGAUCAACAAGAAUUCGGUUUCCAUGUCUGCAUUGCUUGGAGGGUACUGUCAAAGUGGAAAGUUCGAGACCGUAAUUCAGCUUUUCCGUGAGAUGGGUAAUGCUGAUCUCUAUGAUUUUGGGACAAUAAUUCGUGCUUGUGCAGGUUUGGCAGCUGUGAGGCCAGGAAAAGAGGUCCACUGCCAGUAUGUGAGGAGAGUUGGUUGGAGAGAUGUUAUCAUAGAAUCAGCUUUGGUUGAUUUAUACGCAAAAUGUGGUUGUAUAGAUUUUUCCUAUAGAAUAUUUGUGAGGAUGCGUGUCAGAAACUUAAUAACAUGGAACUCAAUGAUCUGUGGCUUUGCUCAGAAUGGAAGAGGUGGAGAAGCUCUUGAAAUAUUCGACGGAAUGGCUGAGUCAGGGGUCAGACCUGAUUAUAUCAGCUUUGUUGGGGUUCUCUUUGCCUGUAGCCAAACAGGUUUGGUCGAUCAAGGGCGACAAUAUUUUACUUUGAUGACUGAAGAGUAUGGGAUCAAAGCAGGAACAGAGCAUUACAAUUGCAUGGUAGAUCUUCUUGGCCGUGCAGGUCUCCUGGAGGAGGCUGAAAAAUUAGUAGAGAAUGCCGAAUACAGAGAUGAUCCAUCUCUUUGGGAAGUUCUUCUCAGUGCAUGCACCACCAAUACAAACUCUGCUUCUGCAGAGCGCGUCGCAAAGAAAAUUUUGGAACUGAAACCCGAUCACCACUUGAGUUAUGUUGUUCUGGCAAAUGUUUACAGAUCUGUUGGAAGGUGGAGUGAUGCUUUGCAGAUUAGAAGCCUAAUGGAUGAUAGGAAGGUCAAGAAGAUGCCGGCUAUGAGCUGGACAUAGAAUUUAAACCUGCAGUUUAUUGGAUGAAUUGUUUACACAUUCACAUUAAGGUGGUAGCAAAUCGCCGAAUCCAUUUGGCAGCAGAGCAGCACACAAUAAGCCUUAAGGCCAAUCAACAGUUGUUGACACCGUCAUCUAUCUGCCGGCACCAUCUGCACUGGGAGCCUGGGACAAUGAUCACCACAGGUGUUGCCACCGUCAUCGAUCUGCCAGCACCAUCCUCACCAGACCACAGACUGCUGGAUUUGGCUGUCUCCAGAAUCAGACUGAUUACCAACUAAGCUUUUUGAUGACUCUGUUAGGAAAAAUCCCUACGGUGUUUUGAGAAUGACAAAACAUUUUAAGUAUACUGCCAUGUGUAACCGAGUGUGCAGAAGAUGUUGCCUUCACAUACAUGGAUUUAUAUGCAGAUGAUGUUAGUAACAGGACGGGCGUCCAAAGUGGCUCUACAGAAGGUGAACAAUGAAUUGGACGUGGAAUAUGUUAAUGACUGGACAGACUUUUGAAAUGAUGAACUAGUUAUUGGACAUGAGAUAUGUCAAUGUCUAGGACUUUGCAAUGCGAAUAAAAUAGAGGACAUGUGAUUGUCAAAAAGUUUGGAUGGAACAACAGAAGUUGAACUGACUAGAGGACAUGGAGACGUCGGUGGGCUUGGGUGGACCUUGCAGAUGGUGAACAAGCUAAAAGACAUGUGAUUGUUGAAGAGUUUGGAUAAACCAAGUAGAAGGCGAACAGUCCACAGAACAUAAGUGAAUAUGCUUGGUGGCACCUAAAUGUAAAAGGAGAACAAGAUUGGUUAUGCAAAAUCUUGGAUA